UUUACAAGGAUCGUUUGUCGCUUGCAGGGACUAAUGAAGUUAAGCAUCCUCACUGUCACAAUAUCCUGGACAAACCCGGACCUGACAGCACCGUCUGUAUCGUCUACUUUAAUAUCGUGAUUUGUAAAAAGCCAAAACGACAACCUUCGAGCUAAAAUCUUUGACAUCGAGAACCGAUGUUUUAUAUUAGGAGAGCGAUCUUUACCCUGUUGUUCACAAUAGGCGAAGCUCUGUCCGACAAUGUUUGGUUCCAACAGCCGAACUUAGCCGGGGAUUUGCGCCUUCUGAGUGAAACUCAAGAGUUGGCUCAGGCGCAGAGAUCUGCGGAAGCCUUGCAGGUAUGGAAGGAAGUGACUUGGAAGGCGGCGGUGGCUGCUUACGACGCCGCCAAGACGCGACCGGAAGAAGACAUGGCCGUGCCGACUUAUAACGUGUCGGAGGCCUGUAGGAACGCGACUUUCCGGUACCAGGAGGACCUACUACGUGGGAAGAUGUACGCCUUACAGAUGUUCGAUGCAACCGGGAAGUUGCCGAGUGGUUUCUUUGAGGGGAACCUGAACUGGUGGGGCCUGUACAGCCAGUGUACAAACAUCACAGCCAAGGGUUACGGAGAAAACAUCAACUUUGAUGCCAAAUACUGGACUGCCACCAUCGGACCACUCCCCCCAGGAUACCUGCGGGUUGGAGUUUGUGUCCCUGACACCUGCAGCAGGAAUGAUGUGAUCCAAUGGUUAGAUGGCAGUGUCUUGAUGAGACUGUUGUUACGAGAGGGACUCACCGUGAUGGACGCAAAAAGUCUGCAAGUUCAGACAACUCUACCUCGGACUACACUAGCUGCCAUAUGCAUUAUAAGCAUCAUCGUUGCACUAAUGACUGCUGGAACGCUCUACGACAUCUAUCGACCAAUAUGGGAGGUCCAUCAGCCGACCAGGAGCGAGAAUGCUAAUAAAGCAGUCACCGAGACAACUCCACUCGUCAACGAUACCUCAGUGACGAGAAAAACCGAGGAAAGGCCGGUGAGUAAGUUUCUCCUGGCCUUCUCCGUGCGAACCAACACCCGGAAGCUGCUGUCUACGCGGGAGUCUCCCGACAGCCUGGGGUGUCUGCACGGGAUCCGCUUCCUCAGCAUGACCUGGGUCAUCCUGGGACACACCUUCGGGUUCGUUCUACCCCAUCUAGACAACCUAUCGUACAGGCUGACUGUCUCACGACGCUUUAGCUCCGAGCCGAUUCUCAACGGGUUCUCCUCUGUGGAUUCUUUCUUUUUCCUUAGUGGGGUCCUGAUGGCAUACCUGAUGCUGCUCCAGCUGGAUAAGUACAGAAGGGAGGGUCGCAGGUUCCCCUACUGGCAGCUGUAUGUGCACCGAUACUGGAGACUGACUCCAGUCUAUGCGUUUGUGUUGAUGCUGUGGGUGUGGGUUUACCCUUACAUCAUGACUGGUCCUGCUGCCACCACUGCCCCCGACCCCGGCUGUCCCAAAAAUUGGUGGUACAACUUUCUCUACAUCAACAACUUCUUAGACAUGGUCACGGUCAACAUACAGUGUAUGGGCUGGACGUGGUACCUGGCGAAUGACAUGCAGUUCUUUGUCAUCAGUGUUCCAAUCAUAUGGCUGACAUUUAGGUAUCUCCUGGUGGGAAUGAUCACCCAGGUUGUUCUACUGCUCGCCAGUUUUGGAGCGACAAUCGGCCUGGCCAUACACUAUAACCUGCAACCCGUCUUAACAUCGCCUGGACAAUACCCUGAUGCCACGAACCUGAUCUACCAGAAGCCGUACUGCAGGAUCGGACCUUACCUGGUGGGACUCAUGCUGGGCUAUCUGCUCUACAGAACCAGAGGACAGGUCCGCAUGCACAAGGCUGUAGCAUUGCUAGGUUGGCUGGCAGCUACAGGAAUCUGCAUGGGUGUUGUGUAUGGACUGUACAACCAUCUUACUCAGGGGGUGGUUCUGAGUCGACCUGUGGCCAUCCUGUACCUGACUGUACACCGGACUGCCUGGGGAGUGGGGCUGGCCUGGGUCGUGUUUGCCUGCGUCAAUGGCUACGGAGGUAUAAUCAACACCAUCCUGUCAUUGAAAGCUUGGAUUCCCCUCAGCCGGCUGACGUACUGCGCCUACCUGGUACAUCCCAUGGUCAUCUACCUCGUAUAUCAGGACCAGACGGAGACCAAUAUACACUACACUGACAUUCUGCUGGCAUACUAUUUCGUGGGGCAUGUGGUGUUCUCCUAUGCCGUGGCUUACAUCGUGAGCAUGAUGGCAGAAGCUCCCAUGAGGCACCUGGAGAAACUGGUGCUGAAACAAGACACCUGAGAUCAUAGGCUACUGCGGAGGUAGAAAUGAAUGAAUGACUAUCUUUUCUUUGGAGUUGUGGUCUAUGGUGACCUGCAAUGCAAUACAAUGCAAUCGCAGUGCAACCACUGUGUUAUUUUAUACAUGACACAUUCCCGGUACUGCAGCAGCGACAGUUAACUGUAACAUUGUAGCUGUUAGUAUGUUUACAUUAGCUGCACGUAUUGUUAACUAUUUCAUUUCUUCGGAGUGAAGGACUUUCCAUACUUUCCAUAGCUCACCCUAAUAAACCUUGUCUCACUUAUCCCUUGACCUCGUUGGGGCACCAUAAUAUACCACUGCAGGGAAAAGACUAAAUUUUGUCAGCCACGGUUUCAUCAAUGGUUGCGCAUACUUGACAGAUCAAAAAGUAACUACCAAAACUUCCAGAUAACUAUUAUAUCACGUUCACAGGUCUGUUUUCGAGUGCAUUAUAUCCAAAGUUCACACCAUUUUCACGCAUGGUAUGCCAAAGUAAUAUCCUAGGAGGUAUAUGCUAGUAUGCUAGGUGCUGGCAGGCUAUGACUAUAUGUAUCUGUGCAUUGCUGCCAUCUACCGACUUGCAAUCAGUUGGCCUUCAGCUACAGUAAUGACGUCAAAUCAAACAGCUCGCUUUGGGAAGUUCUAGUUAAUGCAAUAUUGAAACUAGUUUCGGACGUCAUACCAAAAUCCCAUGUCCCACAUUAAAUCAUAAUGAGCCCUUGGGCAUGACUUUGCAAUAAGUCUGUCAUAAACGUACUUUGUGCUUCUUGUACAUGAUAUGCAUAACU